CGCGAGCUUGCCAUCAGAAGUGGCCGCGGCGCUUGCCGGGAUUUGUAGUAGUUAGAAGCGCUGGCUGCCGGUUGCCGCCUACAAGGCUAGCUGCCGCGUCGCGGUUACUAAGCGGGUAGAGAAGGUAGUGUGGCAAGCGCCACCGUGGAGCUGCCCCUAGUUCUCCGGGAGGCUCGCAGGCGCGCAUCCCGCCUGACCGGGACGUCGUCGCCGCGGACGCCUCGGAGGCGGAAACGUCGCCGGCGGCAGGUGAAGAAACAGAUGAAGAAACAAACAAAAAAGGAAGUCAAGGGACUUUUCCCAAGAUCAAAGGACAAGGAGAUGGCCUUCUCAAGAAUCUACAAGCUGGAUGAUGGAAAGCCUUACCUGAACAACUGCUUUCCAGCUAAAAAUCUGCUUCGGAUGCCCGAGGAAGGCCGAGGACACUGGUUAGUGGCUCGGAAAAGUAACCUCAAGAAGAAGCCCAAGGGUGUGGUUGAGGUACCAACGAAAGGUCAGGAAAGCCAGAAGAAGAUUUCUUUUGAGGUCAGAGGGAAGAAAAGGUUUCAAUUGGAAAACCAAGUGGACACUCCUGGACACGUGCUGGACCGGGCUUUUCUGCUGAAGUACCAUUGCGUGAAGAAGCCGUCCGACCUGUGCAAUGUUAACGUGAGCGGCCUGAAGUUUUCCAAGGCUAAGGAAAAUGACUUCAAGCAUUUUCAUUCUGUGAUUUACAUCAAUGCCUCAGAAAACCAGCUGCCUCUAGAGGCAUUUCACACGUUUCCAGCCUUAAAGGAACUGGAGCUCGCAUUUAAUGGCAUCGAAACUGUCUACGUGAAAUAUGGAGACUUUAAGUUCUUGGAAUUCCUGGACCUUUCCUUCAACAGCCUGACUGCAGAGGCCAUCUGUGACCUGGGGAUUCUGCCAAAGCUCCGUGUCCUGCUCCUCACAGGCAACGAGCUCACCUCCUUGCCACCAAACUUGGCUGUCGCAGAGCAGGAGGCAUCUAUAACAUCGCUGACAAGCAAGAGGUACGUCCUGAGGUUCCCAGCCCUGGAGACACUGAUGCUCGAUGACAACAAACUCUCCAACCCCAGUUGCUUUGCCAGUCUAGCCGGGCUCAGGAGAUUGAAGAAGUUAAGCCUGGACCAAAACAGGAUUUUCCGAAUCCCGUACCUACAGCAGGUUCAGCCUCACGAGGGGUCGGAGGAUUGGGCUGGAGACCUGGGGAGUCCUCGGAAAGGGUCCCAAUCCACACUGCAGCCCAAGUCAUGGAUGUGUGAGUCCUCAGAGGAGCAACCAGAUUAUACUGUACUGCCCAUGAAAAAGGAUGUUGAUAGGACAGGGGUCCCUCCACUGCUAAAAAGCUUCCUCCAGGAGCGGCUGGGGAUCCACUUAAUUAGGAGGAAGACAGUGAAGGCUAAGCAUCAUAUUUUGAUGUCUCGGAAGGACUCGCGGAAGGUGAAAACCCAAGUCCCGAAGGUGCCAAAGCAGCCUCUGAUUCUCCAUCACCUACCUAUGACCACCGAAUCUCCCUCAAAGGAGAUGCCAGAGUCAGAGCUGGCUGACAUGCUGCCUGCUGCCAGAGACACUACUCUGGAGGUAGAGAUGCCCACCGACAGCCUGGAGGGCCUUUCCCUGCCCCACCGGACCUUUGUGCCACUUCCUCCCAUCUGCUCCGACUCCACUGUGCAUAGUGAAGAGACCACAUCCCACCGGAGCGGCACCGCUGGCCACCUCAGCCCGGAGCGCCCGUCAGAUGAGGAUGCCAAGAGCACAGAGUCCAUCUUCUUGACCCAGGUGAGUGGGCUGCCUUACUCCGUUCUCCAGAGGGAUGAUUCCGAGGUGGAGAAAGACCAAAGGGUACCCCCAUCCCCAGCACCCAGAAAGGCAAAGAGGACCCAGAAGAAGCCUCCACCUGCUUCACUCCCCAGCAAGUACCACGGCUACGAGGAGCUGCUGACAGCCAAGCCUGAUCCAGCCUUCGCUGAGCCGAAGGGGAUCCAGAAGAACACACAGGCCCUGCAGCACAUGCUCAAGCACCCACUCCUGGUCCACUCAUCCAAACCCAAGCGGGACGCUCUUCAGAAAUACUACGCUCCCAAGGAGAAACGGAGGAUCCCUGUUCCGCCCCCACGGAAGACUCGGGCCCAGCUGCUGGAUGACAUCCUCAUUCGCAUGCGGGACCCCCAGAACAUUACAGAGGCUCCACUAGGAGCUGUCCUGCGCCAGGAGCGGCGGCUGGUGAACCAGAAGCAGUACCUGGAGGCCAAGCGGCUGCUGAAGGAGUUUCAGGCGCGCUACCGUCAGCUGGUGCGCUGCUCGCUGCGGACAGUGUUCGGGGCCACAGCGCCGCCCCCUGCCCGCCCGGCCCUGAGCGAGGGCCAGCCUAAGCUUUGCCGCUUCCUCCAGUUCAUGGAUGAGUUCUGCCAGGAGCCCACGGCCAGUGAUUCGACAGGCUAGAGCUGCGUUACAGGGCCAUGUGCGCCGCCGGGCCUGCGCCCCACGCUUCCCCAAGGGUUCCGCACCCUCGACCGCUCACCCUUGAUGGCGGCGCCUUGGGGCGGCUGGGCUGGGUGUGGACCUCGGAGCUCAGCUCAGCCUUGCUGGCUGGCCGCAGAAUAGGGAGUUUGUCAGGACCUCUCCUCUCCAGGCCCUGUAGGGUCCAGCGCCUGGCCCAGCAGCAAUAAAGAGUGGGUGCAGAGAGCAGGGUAGCCUACUGUUCUUUCUUGGAAUCUGGGCCAGGCCGUCACACUGCGGAAAGAUCCCGGGUUGAUGCCAUCCCUAGAGUGCUGUGGACCUGCCUGAGCCACACGUGUCCAACAGAGCUGUGUGGAGUGCUAGGAUAGAAAACAGGGUGGCCCAGAAUCUAAGGCUCAGAGGCCAUAACUGACUCGCUCACGGCCAAUGAAGUGUGUGUGUGCUGGAAGGCGGUGGCAAAAUUGAGGCCAUCAAACUCCAGAAAGGGUGUUUUUUCUUUGGGCAGCUUUUUCCAUUGUGAGGGCAAAUAUGGGAAAGGGGAAGAGAGGAUUGGGAAUUCCCUUAUCAGAUAGCCAUGGCCAAGAAGUUGGGAUAAGCUGAGGACAGGGCUUACUAGGUCCUCUAAUCAACACAAACUGAAGCCCCAUAUGCAGACAUGUGGCGCUAAAACGGACCCUAGGGCUGUGCAAGGUCAGCCUGGGCUCACAGUAAGUAAACUAGUCAUGGCCAAGGCAGCCUGUGGGGUUACCCCAUUCUUGUGUGUGCCUAGUAGUCAGCACCCGCUAAAGAGGACCUGGGGCAGGCCAUGGGCUGAAUUCCAGAGACGGAUGCUGCGUAUGACCUAGUCACCUGGGCAACCCUAGCACCUAAGGCUGCU